AUGACUGUUUCGCAGAAUAACGAGACCGCCUCUCACAAUGAGGAACGCUUCGAUGAGAAGGCAGAGGUCGCGGCUGUCGAGAACGCCAUCUCUUCGCCUGUCGGACACAUUCCCCCCAUUGAGAUCCAAGCUCGCUUUCCGCUCCUGCGCGAUCUCUCGCAGACGCAGAUGGAUGCGCUGAACAAGAAGGUUCGCAGCAAGGUUGAUUGGCAUAUGAUGCCUUGUGUCACCCUCAUGUUCUUGAUGAACUACCUCGAUCGCAUCAACGUCUCCAACGCUCGACUCGCUGGUCUGCAGGAAGAUCUUGGCAUGACUGACACCGUCUGGAACGCGGGUAUCUCGACCUUCUACGUCGGAUACCUCAUUGGCCAAUUGCCCGGCAACCUCCUCAUGGCCAAGACGAACCCCAAGUUCUUCCUGCCUACCAUCAUGCUCAUGUGGAGUGCGGGCACAAUCUGCAUGCCCGCCAUGACCAAUGGCGUUGGAUUCUGUGUCGUUCGCUUCUUCAUUGGUUUGAUGGAGGCUCCGUUCUUUCCUGGUCUGACGCUCAUGACUUCAUCUUGGUACACCAAAGAGGAAUCGCCCUUCCGCAUGGCUAUCUGGCAUGCUGGUAACACUAUCUCCAACAUCAUCUCUGGUUUCUUGGCUGCGGGUAUUCUCGAGCAUAUGGAUGGAAUUGCUGGUAUGCACGCUUGGCAAUGGUUCUUCCUCAUUGAGGGUAUCGUCUCCAUCAUCGUUGCUGUCAUCUCUUUCUUCGUUCUCCCCUCUUGGCCCAACGACACCAAGUUCCUUGACGAGCAGGAGCGCGAGAUGGCCCAGUACCGAAUUCUGGUCUCCAACGGUGGUAUUGAUGAGAAGGUUGGUGGCACUUGGGAUGGUGUCCGUGAUGCCGUCAAGGAUCCCUUCACCUGGUACUUCUGCCUCAUGCACUUUGCCCUCGUCACUGCCCAGAGCUUCAAGGAUUUCCUGCCUUCUAUCAUGAACACCUUUGGCUUCAACAAGAUGACCACCUACCUUAUUCAGGCUCCUCCCUAUGCCCUCGCCUACAUCUCAGCCUGUAUCAUCGCCUGGUCUUGCGGCCACUUCAUGGAAUCAACAUACCACGUCGUCAUCCCUAUCAUCCUUUCCGCUGCCGGUUGCGGUAUCCUCAUUGGCACCAUCAACGUCGCAGCUCGAUAUGUCGGUAUCAUCCUCCUUGUGUGCGGUACCUACAACGGUCUCAACUUGCAGCUUUCAUGGGAAACUACCGUCGUUCCCGCUCCUCGUGCCAAGAAGGCCGCUCUUAUCGCCAUCGCCAACUGUAUCAGCCAGGUCAGCCAUUGGUUCAGCCCUUAUUUCUACCCUCGAAGCCAGGAGCCCUUCUACCGCAUGGCUGGUGGCCUUCUCCUUCUCGGCUGUGCUUUGACUGUUCUCUCAGCCUUCCUUGUCCGAUGGAGGGCUCAGAAGCUUAACAAGAAGCUUGACGAGCAGGAGGGAUGGACUCCCAACUCUGGUGUCGAGCGUGGCUGGCGAUACAAGUACUAA